AAAAAAAUUAAGAAGAAGUUUGACUUGUUUGGAAUUUAAACAUACUCAAUCUCACUUAAUCUAUAUGGAUUGAGAGCUAACCGAACGAGUCUUUAUGUGGUAAAAAAGAAAGGGAAGAAGCCAGAUAGACAUGUCCAAGCAACCAGCCAGCUACUUCGCAGAAACGAACUGCUCCCGAUUCCAAGAACUUCCUCCUCCCCUGCUGCUAUAAAUAAACACCAGCCUCCUUCGUUACCCACGCACGCAUAACUUUUGCCAACCAUUGCCCUGAUCUUCAAUCCUCAUCACGACUUCGCGGGCGGGAUAACUCCAGCAUGGAAUCCGACAAGGGCUCCUCCGUGCAGUUUCAGGACUUCCUGCCACUGAUGGCGAGGAAGCUGGGCGUGGAGGGCCUGAUCCAGGAGCUCUGCAAGGGGUUCCAGCUGCUCAUGGAGCCCAGGGCAGGAAAGAUCACCAUCUGGAGCUUGAAGCAGAGCGCGGCCAGGCUCGGGCUUGGCCAGCUCCAGGAUGAUGAGCUCCUGGAGAUGAUGAAAGAAGGCGACCUGGACGAGGACGGGGCACUGGAUCAGAUGGAGUUCUGCAUCCUCAUGGUCAGAUUGAGCCCUGACCUGAUGGAAGAAGAGGCAUACAUGAUGUUUCAGCAUUGAUGUGAUUUGAUCCUUGUUGCUUGGCACAACAGAAUAUAGUGUGAUAUCUGGUCAUCUUGCAAUGUGAUAUUGCAUCCAGAAACACUAAUGUAGUCUGACAGGCUGACAGUGAUCGGAAUUCGGUACUUACAAAAGCUGAAAAAUACUCCCACCAUUUCCGAAUAAUACUGUUCCCCGCUACCAGAGAGGGGAAGUUAUUUAUUCCAAACCAUGUGCAAAUGUGUAGAACAAAAAAAAAGUUUUGUGUACUACACUUCGACAUUCAGAGCACUGCUCUCCAUACAACCUAGCUGUGUGGCAUUUCCAGUACUGUUACUAAAGUUCUACUGGAGUACCACAGAGCUCACCAAUCUCCUUCUC